UGUCCUACUGCAGAUAUACUCCUACAGUAGAAGAACUUUUUCGUUCACGAUGCAAGAUAUCCCAUCCCAGUGUACCGUUCUUGUUGUGGGCGGUGGCCCGGGAGGGUCUUUCACAGCCUCUGCUCUCGCACGGGAAGGCAUUGAUACUGUUUUAUUGGAAGCCGCGUCUUUUCCUAGGUACCACGUUGGGGAGAGCAUGCUUCCUUCCCUGCGCCACUUCCUGCGUUUCAUCGAUCUAGACAACAAUGGAGCCGCUUUCAAACUCAACCAAGAGAAGCGUGAAGGCUAUACCAACUUUCUUUCAGCGGGAGGGCCGGAAAGUUACACCUGGAAUGUCAUCAGAUCUGAAUCCGACGAGUUGAUGUUUCGACAUGCAAGCAAAAGCGGUGCCAAGAUCUUUGAUGGCGUUAAAGUAACCUCGAUUAAUUUUUCAUCCCGUGGAAAUGCCCCAACAACAACACCCAACGUAAGAAGCGAACGUCCGGUCUCUGCAUCUUACCAACGCAAAUCCGAUGGAAAACAAGGUCAAAUCAUAUUCGACUAUAUCGUGGACGCGAGUGGCCGAGCUGGUAUUUUACACACCAAGUAUCUGAAGAAUCGAACUUACAGCAAAUCUCUGAAGAAUCUUGCUUACUGGGGAUACUGGACUGGUACUGCAUCCUACGGGCUCGGAACCGAGCGAGCUAACUCCCCUUUCUUCGAAGCAUUGAAAGAUGAAAGCGGCUGGGCAUGGCUUAUCCCCUUGCAUAAUGGUACAACAUCUGUCGGAGUGGUCAUGAAUCAGGAUAUCGCGAUGUCACAAAGACAAGCUGCGGGGACGCAAGAGGGUUAUCAAUGUCUGCAAGACUUCUACCUCUCGUCUCUAAGACUAGCCCCGAAUCUUCUCCAGCUUCUUGAAGGAGGCAAGCUAGUCACCGAUGUCAAUUCUGCCUCGGACUACUCCUAUAGCUCAUCUUCUUACGCUAUACCAUAUGCCCGAACAGUCGGCGAUGCGGGCUGCUUCAUCGAUCCUUUCUUCUCUUCUGGUGUGCACCUGGCUCUCACUGGAGGGGUGUCGGCGGCAGCGACAAUAUGUGCUGCUAUCAGAGGUAACUGCACGGAAGAGGUAGCAGCGAAAUGGCACUCUUCGAAGGUUGAAGAAGCAUACUCUAGGUUCUUGGUCGUAGUGUUCAGCGCGUAUCGCCAAAUGCAGAGACAAGAUGAGCAUAUCCUUAGUGCGAUGCAAGAAGAUAAUUUCGACAAGGCUUUCAAUCAUCUCAGACCAAUAAUCCAGGGAACGGUGGACGUGAGCAGCAAGCUUUCUCAAGAGGAACUCCGCCAGUCGCUUGAUUUCUGUGCUGCCGCUUUUGACGAGACGCAAGCAGAAGAAAAAGAGCAGGUUAUGGAGAAGCUGAAAUCAAAUGGAAAGAACGUGAUGGAUGAGAUGCUCAACACAAGUCGUGCUGAACGUCAAAACAGCUUCUGCAGUGAGGAAGAGUUGCGCGUCAUCGGUAACAUUCGAGCUCGUCAUGUUAUUGAUGUGAAGAGUUCUAUGAGCUUUGAUAACUUCGGCGCCGAUGUGAUUGAUGGAAUGAGAGUUAACUUGCAGCCCGGAAAGCUUGGACUUGUCAGUGUUUCCACUUAGUUAGACGAAAGAAAAUUAAUUCAUUGCCGAAUUUAAUGCAGGUUCAGAGACAUGAUAGCAUGACGUCGUGUGGUACCGAAAUCGUGGUUCAAAUCUAUGCUGAGGAAGCAAAAGACAUUAUAGACUAUCG